AAUGGGGCUAGAGACACGGGGAAGAGCCGAGGAAAAAGCUGGACAGAAGUAAAAAUAGUUAUAGUGGGAGACGGUGGCUGUGGCAAGACCUCUCUGCUCAUGGUGUUUGCAAAGGGCUCCUUCCCUGAGGUAUUAUUUCAAAUCAAAAUAAAACGCGUCCACGAGGAAUUGAGCUUUUUAUUCCAGUGAUUCUUGAACUCAUGGGGGGCCUGACAUCCAUAUCUGGGGGUGGGAAAUAUGCCCCUUCUGUGUUUGAAAAGUACACCACCACAAUUACCAUUGGAAACAAGGAAAUUUUCUUGCACCUUUAUGAUACAGCAGGUCAAGAGGAUUAUGACAGGCUACGUCCCCUAUCAUAUCAAGAUGUGAAUUUGGUUUUAAUAUGUUACGAUGUUACAAACCCAACCAGUUUUGAUAAUGUGCUAAUAAAGUGGUAUCCAGAGGUUAAUCACUUUUGUCGAGGGGUUCCCAUAGUGCUUAUUGGGUGUAAAACGGACCUCCGAAAAGACAAGGAACGACUACGCAAGCUUAGGACGUCACAGCAAGAACCAAUUACAUAUUUUCAGGGUGAAGACACGUGUAAAAGUAUACAGGCUGUAGAAUAUCUAGAAUGCUCUGCCAAAUACCAGGAGAACAUAGACAAUGUUUUUAGAGAGGCCACGUUAAUUGCACUUAAUGGUAUGAAGAAAGAACAGAAGCUGAAGAGGAAACAGAAGAAUUGCUCAGUUCUCUGAGUCGGACUCUAUGGACCAGUUCAGUUCUACACCAUCUCCCAUCACAGACACUUCAGUUUAACUGUCAGGACUGUUUUAGCUGUAAAUAUGUAUUAGCAUAAUAUUUUAAUAUGAACAUUUUCUUAUAUUUUA